GUGACGGACACGUCCCGCCGCCCAGGCCUGUGCAAACUAACCUGAGCCCGGCAUGGCGGAGCAGCGCCUUCCGGUGCCCCGGCUCCGGGGCGUCUCGCGGGAGCAGUUCAUGGAGCAUCUCUACCCACAGAGAAAGCCUCUUGUGUUGGAAGGACUGGACUUGGGAUCUUGUACAAGCAAAUGGACAGUGGAUUACCUGAGCCAAGCUGGAGGGACAAAAGAAGUGAAGGUUCACGUUGCUGCAGUCCCACAGAUGGACUUCAUUAGUAAGAACUUUGUGUAUAGAACAUUACCAUUUAACAAGCUGGUCCAGAGAGCAGCCGAAGAAACGCAUGAAGAAUUCUUUAUUUCAGAGGAUGAGAAAUACUACUUACGGUCACUUGGAGAAGACCCGAGGAAGGAUGUUGCAGAUAUCAGACAGCAGUUUCCAUCGUUAGGAGGAGAUAUUAAGUUUCCAAUAUUCUUCGAAGAGGAGCAGUUCUUUUCCAGUGUUUUUCGAAUUAGUUCACCUGGAUUGCAACUCUGGACUCACUAUGAUGUAAUGGAUAACUUUUUAAUACAAGUAACAGGAAAGAAGCGAGUUACACUGUUCAGUCCUCGAGAUGCACACUAUUUGUAUUUAUCAGGUUCUAAAUCAGAAGUGCUGAAUAUUGACAGCCCAGACCUGGAUAAAUACCCACUCUUUGCUAAGGCGAGGAGGUAUGAGUGUUCCCUUGAGGCUGGUGAUGCUCUGUUCAUUCCUGCUUUAUGGUUCCAUAAUGUAAUUUCUGAAGAGUUUGGCGUGGGCGUGAACGUCUUUUGGAAGCACCUUCCAUCGGAAUGCUAUGACAAAACAGAUACCUACGGCAACAAAGACCCUGUAGCAGCAUCCAGAGCUGUGCAGAUCUUGGACAGAGCUUUGAAAACACUGGCUGAACUACCAGAGGAAUACAGGGACUUCUAUGCACGCCAAAUGGUCUUACGCAUUCAAGACAAAGCCUACAGCAAGAACUUUGAGUAAAAAAAUGAACUCAAUGUAGUAAAAAUUUAAAAAUAAAUAAAAAUCAGCUUAAGUAUUUGAAAACUAUAACAAGAUAUAAACAUUUAAAGAUGUUUUUUAAAAAUAGGAUAAAUUAGUCUCAGAUUUAUUGUAUAAAAAGAGAUGCAUAUCUGAUUUCUACUUGGUACAGAUUGAGAAUGCUUAGUAGACCCAUUCUUUAGCUUUACGAUGUAAAUAACUAAAAUUCUGACAAUAAAAAUCUGUGUUGAAUCACACUACAUAAAGUCUACUGAUGGAAUGACCUUCUUUGGUCUUUGCAGUGAUUCAGUAGUGCCACCAGAAACUUUUGAUCACCCCACCCCCACCCCACUGUCUUUCAGCCACAGGAUUGGCAUUAUCCUAGGUCUAGCUCCCCUCGUGGUCAUGGGAUGGUUGCCAGUAGCAGCUGGGGCCUUGUGUGUCUUCAUUUGUAUGCAGUGGAGUCGUCUGGCUGGAAUCCACAGGCACUGUCUUACAUGAAGCCGCUUUCCAGAAUUCCCUACCAGGCCCUUAGCCUUAAUGCUCUGAAGUGGCUUAGCCCUGUCCAGCAAUGAGCCAGUCAUCAUCACAUGCUAUAAAAUUAAACACGAGUGGGAUGCUCUUCCUUAGGGCACAGAAGUGUAUGAGGGAACAGAAAAGAUAUUUAAUAAAGCUUACAGGAUGCUAAAAAUGAGUAGAUUUGAUGGUGUGAUAGAUCAUGAGUUCUGGAUUUACCCAAAUGUCUGACCCUGGCCUUUCCUGCCCCUCAAAUGUUGUCAGCCUCUCUUUAGUUAAUACUUACAUCUAAACUUUAAUCAUUGUUUUCCUAGCAGAUACUU